AUGCAGUACAUUAUGGAAGGAAUUAUGGAGGAAAACAAUUUGGCAGAGGUUCUAGAUGCUGAAGUGGUUUAUGAAGAAGAAGAAGUUUCUGAAGAUCAUGAGAUUGGCUUGGAGGAGCUAGAACAAGCACCUCCUUGGAUAGAUGAUGAAGCCAUCCAUGUUAGAGAGGAGUUAGAAGAAGUGAAUCUUGGAACCUCUGAGGAACCUCAGGUAACUUUUGUUAGUAAAAACCUAGAGGUUGGUUUAAAAACAAAAUUAACUGUACUUUUGCAGGAAUACAAAGAUUGCUUUGCAUGGCAAUAUUCUGAUAUGCCGGGGUUAAGCAGGACAUUGGUAGAACAUCGGCUUCCUAUUAAGCCCGAGUUUCAGCCAUACCGCCAACCUCCAAGAAGAGUGUCAAAAGAAGUUGAAUUAAAGGUAAAAGAGGAAAUUGAAAAAUUGUGUAAAGCAGGCUUUAUUAGGCCUGCUAAAUAUAGUAAUUGGUUAGCAAAUGUUGUUCCAGUGGUUAAAAAGAAUGGAAAACUUAGAAUAUGCAUAGACUUUAGGGACUUAAAUGAAGCAACUCCUAAAGAUAUUUAUGCCAUGCCAAUUGCUGACACCCUUAUUGAUGCUACAGCUAAUCAUUCUCUUUUGUCUUUUAUGGAUUGUUUUGCUGGAUAUAACCAGAUUAUGGUGGCUAAAGAAGACAUCUCCAAAACGGCAUUUAGAUGUCCAGGAUCUAUUGGGACAUUUGAAUGGGUGGUCAUGCCGUUUGGUUUACGUAAUGCUGGUGCAACAUAUCAGAGGGCUAUGAAUGCCAUCUUCCACGACCUCUUAGGUAAAACUAUGGAGGUUUAUAUUGAUGAUGUUGUUGUAAAAUCAAAACUAAUGAAAGAUCAUUUGAAAAAUCUAGAGGAAGCAUUUAGGAGGAUGAGAGUUCACUGUUUAAAACUCAAUCCUCUGAAAUGCGCCUUUGGUGUAAAAGCUGGAAAUUUUUUGGGGUUUUUGGUCCAUGAAAGAGGCAUUGAAGUGGACCAAAACAAAACCAAAGCUAUUCGAGAAGCUAAACCGCCUAGAAAUAAAACAGAACUUCAGAGGUUUCUUGGGCAGGUUAAUUACUUAAGGAGAUUUAUAUCUAAUCUUGCAGGAAAAACAAAAGUGUUCUCAGAACUGUUGAAAUUAAAAAAGGAGGAUGUCUUCAGAUGGGAAACCAUCCAUCAAGAGGCUUUUGAUGAAAUUAAAGAUUAUCUAAUGAAGCCUCCUGUAUUGAUGCCUCCCAAAAAGGGUAUACCUCUGAGGUUGUACAUUUCAGCAGCGGAAGGUUCAAUUGGGUGUCUGCUAGCCCAGAGCAACCAAGAUGGACAUGAACAGGCUAUUUAUUAUUUGAGCCGUUCGAUGACAUCUACAGAGGUUAGAUACACUCCUAUCAUGAAAUUGUGUCUGGCUUUGUUUUUUGCCUGCACUAAGUUAAGACACUAUCUGCUUAAUAAUAGAGUCUAUGUGGUGUCUCAAACCGACUUGAUGAAAUAUAUGCUAAACAAACCUGUUUUAUCAGGAAAUAUUGGAAAGUGGUUAUUAAGUUUGGCAGACUUUCAUUUGAUUUAUCAUCCCCAGAAGUCGGUCAAAGGUCAGGCUCUAGCAGAUUUCCUAGCCGACCAUCCAUGUAUAAACCUAGGAGAUGAAAGUAAAUUUGACUUACCGGUUUUUAUGAAUGAACAUAGACCUUGGAUGCUUAAAUUUGAUGGGUCUAGUACAGAUAGGUCUGCGGGUGCUGGAAUCAUAAUAGUAUCACCUUCUGGAGCUAAGACCUCCUUGUCUUUUAAUCUUGACUUUGAAUGUACAAACAAUCAAUCUGAGUAUGAGGCUUUGAUUAUUGGAUUAGAAAUCCUCCUAGAUCUAGGUGCUAAAAAGGUCAAAAUAAUUGGAGAUUCUCAAUUGGUUAUUAGACAAGUGUCUGGCGAAUAUAAAUGUAUGAGUUACUCUUUAACUUCUUAUUAUGCUAUUGCUAUACAGUUAAUAGAGAGUUUUGAAGAGGUUGAAUUAGUACAUGUUCCUAGAGAGGAAAAUUGGGAGGCCGAUGAAUUAUCACAGCUAGCAUCUGGCCUACGUCUGUCGGAGGAGUUAACUCACCGACUAGUAAUGGAUUGGAGGAGAGACAUUAAAAAGUACCUGGAGAAUCCUAGCAAGAAGAUGAUGUAUAAAGUAAGAGUGAGAGCUGUUAACUACGUGCUCAUAGAAGAUGUUUUAUACAGAAGAGGAUUCGACAACCUAUUGCUAAGAUGCCUUGGAACUACAGAGGCACUAGAGGUCAUGAAACAAACUCAUGAGGGAGUUUGUGGAGCACAUCAAUCUGGAGUGAAAAUGAGAUGGCUGAUCCGAAGACAUGGUUACUUCUGGCCAUCUAUCCUAAAAGAUUGCAUGACUUUUGCAAAGGGUUGUCAAUCGUGCCAAAGGUAUGGAAACAUACAAAGACUUCCAGCUGCUGAGUUGAAGUCUGUCAUCAAACCAUGGCCAUUCAGAGGUUGGGCCAUAGAUUUGAUAGGUAAAAUAUAUCCUCCAUCUUCUAAAAAUCACAGUUUCAUAAUUGUAGCUACUGAUUACUUUACCAAAUGGGUAGUCGCUAAGCCAUUGGUAAAGACAGAGCAAAAAGAUGUUAUUAAAUUUAUUAAAGAGGAAAUUAUUCAUCAAUUUGGAAUUCCACAAUCAGUAACUACUGACCAGGGCACAAUGUUCACUGGUAAGGAGAUGCAAGAAUUUGCCACUGAUUAUGGAAUAAAAUUAUUGACCUCUACACCUUAUUAUGCUCAGGCCAAUGGCCAAGCUGAAUCUUCUAAUAAAAUUAUCAUCAACAUAGUUCAAAAAAUGUUGGAAGAAAAUCCAAAGGAUUGGCAUCGGAUUUUAUCAGAAGCACUCUGGGCAUAUCGCACCUCUAGGCGAAAUGCUACUGGAGUAAGUCCAUUUAUGCUAACCUAUGGUCAUGAUGCAGUGUUACCCAUGGAGGUGGUGGUGAGGUCAUUGAGAGUAGCUAAGCAGAAUCAUUUGACUCCAGAAGAUUACAAUGAAACCAUGAUGAUGGAGUUAGAAAAUCUAGAAGAAGGGAGACUUCAGGCUUUAAACAAUAUGAUAAUACAGAAGAAGAAAGUCUCCAGAAGCUACAACAAGAAAGUUAGACCUAAGACAUUUCAAGAAGAUGAGCUAGUAUGGAAGUUGAUCUUACCCCCUGGUACUAAAGAUAGAGAAUAUGGGAAAUGGUCUACUAAUUGGGAAGGGCCAUUCUUAGUCCACAAGGUGAUGAAGGGGAAUGCGUACUGGCUAUCAAGUCUAGAGGGUGAGCCUCAUAGAAAAUUUAUUAAUGGAAAGUACUUGAAGAAAUACACUCCCACCAUCUGGGAGAAAUACAACUUAGAAAUGACUUAA